ACGGAUAUGAUUUCAUGCGAGACACUUCAAUGCAUCCAGAACCACAUUUGGUCCAAUCACGACAUCGAUCGAAAGAAAAAUCAAAGCGUAAAAAAAGGUAGACUACAUUGAGGAGUCUUCCUCUCAUACCAUACAGACAUGGAAACCGAUCGGGAAAAUAACCCUAGGGAUAAAUGCUGUAAUUUGAAAUUCAAAAUCUUUGGUCGUCUGAGGMUUGAAAUCAACCCAGUCGUAACUUUCUACUCAGCUUUCAUAAUCUGGGGUUUCGUGGUCUACUGUUCACUAUAUACGCAUCAAGCCAUYGCUGAAAUUCCAAAAUGGAAAGAUUGGAUCACUCUAACUUGGACCUGGUUGUACAUUGGUACCCAAGAUGUGUGGGCAGUCUUUAUCUUGUAUCUACUCUUCUCCAAGUAUAGCAAGAUCAAGCUUGGAAAACCCGACGAGAAACCAGAGUUUUCUGAUGCCACAUACUUUACGAUGUUGUUUGCUGCAGGGAUCGGUGUUGRUUUGUUCUAUUWUGGCGUCGCUGAACCCAUAYRUCAUUACGAACCAAGUCACUCGACACCGUUUGCCAAUCGUUAUCAAGGAAGGUAUUCUGACAAUCAAAGAGCUCAAGAUGCUAUCAACAUCACGAUAUUCCACUGGGGUAUACAUCGAUGGGUCGUCUACACUUUGAUCGGCCUCACUCUAGGAUUCCUGUCUCACAACAAAGGUAUGCCAAUGACCAUGAGAUCCUGCUUUUAUCCUCUUAUUGGCGACAAGAUCUACGGCAGAUUUGGUGACGUCAUUGACAUCCUGUCCGUUGUGUGCACGAUGUUUGGAGUUUGUACAAGUCUUGGCCUUGGUGCCAUCCAGCUCAACAGGGAAAUUCAUCGUAUGAAUAACAGCAUCCCAGAAAGUAGGGAAAGUCAGGUGGUUAUCAUCUGGUGCAUCACAGCUUUGGCCACUGCGUCUGUUAUCAGCGGCAUCAAACUGGGAAUCCGNGUAAUGCAGCAGGAAAGGUAUACGGAUCCAACCGUUACGUCGCCAUGGUCUUACGGUACUGGAGUACGUGCGGAAAUCCGAGAAAAAUUCCACAUCGUCGGCAACCUUGGCGAAGACAUGUUUGCCAUGAUGCUGACCUACCCAUUGGCAGCCUUGCAGAUGGAAGAACAGAUGUUAAGAUCACAUGAUUUCUCUGGAAAUAGAGUGAUUGCUAUGGAGAUGAAUGAGAUGGAGAAUAAUGAUGAGGCAAAUAAUGGCAUCCAUGACAACAAGCCUACCAUGUCAGAAAUAUGUUAUUUGUAG